UCUCCAUUUGUCGCUCUACUCCGUGCUCUGCUUUUUCUCUUCGUCUCUCUCUCACUCUCUCUCUCUCCCUCCCGUUCCCAUCUCCCAAACCGAUCGAUUCGAUUUCCUUCGCCUCGAUCGAUACGAUCUCCUAAUUUCUGCGAUUUUUGCGGUAUUUUACAUCGAUUUAGUUCGAUCUUCGAAAUGGCGGUGAAGAAGAGCGUGGGCGAUCUCAAGGAGGCGGAUCUCAAGGGGAAGAGGGUGUUCGUGCGCGUGGAUCUCAACGUGCCCUUGGACGAGAACCAGAAGAUCACUGACGACACCCGGAUCCGCUCCUCGGUGCCCACGAUCAAGUAUUUGAUGCAGAACGGGGCCAAGGUGAUCCUGUGCAGUCACUUGGGCCGUCCAAAAGGUGUGACUCCAAAGUACAGCUUGAAGCCUCUGGUGCCAAGGCUAUCUGAGCUUCUUGGAGUUAAUGUUGUGAUGGCGAAUGAUUGCAUUGGUGAAGAGGUUGAAAAGCUGGUAGCUGCCCUUCCAGAUGGAGGUGUUCUGCUCCUUGAGAAUGUGAGAUUUUACAAGGAAGAGGAGAAGAAUGACCCGGAGUUUGCGAAGAAGCUUGCAGCUCUUGCUGACCUUUAUGUGAAUGAUGCCUUUGGUACGGCUCACAGAGCGCACGCUUCCACGGAGGGAGUCGCCAAGUUCUUGAAGCCGGCCGUUGCUGGAUUCCUUAUGCAGAAGGAACUUGAUUAUCUUGUUGGAGCUGUCGCAAACCCUAAGAAGCCCUUUGCUGCCAUCGUUGGUGGAUCGAAGGUGUCAACUAAGAUCGGAGUGAUGGAGUCUCUGCUGGCGAAGGUUGAUAUCCUUGUCCUUGGUGGCGGGAUGAUCUUCACGUUCUUCAAGGCUCAGGGCUACUCUGUUGGAUCCUCCCUUGUAGAGGAGGACAAGCUUGAUCUUGCAACCUCGCUUCUCGAGAAAGCAAAGUCUAAAGGGGUUUCUAUCUUGCUCCCUAGUGAUGUGGUCAUUGCUAACAAGUUUGCUGCGGAUGCUGAAAGCAAGGUUGUGCCUGCAUCUGCCAUUCCUGAUGGAUGGAUGGGCCUAGACGUCGGACCAGACGCAAUCAAGACAUUCUGUGAGGCCUUGGAUACCACCAAGACUAUUAUCUGGAAUGGACCCAUGGGCGUUUUUGAGUUUGAGAAAUUCGCAGUGGGAACUGAUGCUAUUGCCAAGAAAUUGGCUGAACUAACUGGAAAAGGUGUCACGACCAUCAUCGGAGGGGGAGACUCUGUCGCAGCUGUGGAGAAGGCGGGGCUCGCGGAUAAGAUGAGCCACAUCUCGACCGGCGGCGGCGCCAGCCUGGAGCUGUUGGAGGGCAAGCCUCUCCCCGGCGUCCUCGCUCUCGAAGACGCCUGAAUAUGUUUCCGUAAACUGAGUGCCUUAUAACUGCCCUCGCUGAUGAGAUGGCAUCUGUCUCCCCUUUCUUCUUCAUUAUCUGAGACAGUUUUGUAGUUGAGCAUCUGCCCUGUAAUAAAUUAACUGCCCAAGGCAUCAGAUGGAGGUGAUUCUUGGGACUACUCGUUUUAUCCUUUAACUACAGGAGGAUUUUUUGCCCUUCAUCUUUGGAAAAUCGAAUCACUGUGUUUGUUCUCAA